UGUCCAAUAAUGGAAAGUUGUUGUCAAAUAAGGUACUAUUUGCAGAAUAAAGGUAUAUUCAAUUAAUUUAUGCCCCGUCUAUCAGCUGCACUGCACCACCCCCACACCAAGAUUCCUUGUUUACUUGUCACUCUCCUCCUUAAUAUACUUUCGGUUGCACAUUUUGCUAGUGUGUUGAACCCAAACUAUGUCGAAAAUGAUCAUGGAUUUCUCCUCUUGCUUGUCCUUACCAUCAUCUUUUGUGCCUAAUGGACAUUGCAAUAGUAUCAAAUACCGAUCAUGCUACAAUAGCAGUACUAAGUCCAAUUUGUUGAAGCUCAACAAACACUUGUACUCCCACUCACGCAAUUUCAAGAUUCAACUUCUUCCUCGAAUUGAUGCUCAGUUUGUUUCUCCCACAGUUGGAAGCUGAGCAACUAGAAGGUACAGAAGCCGAUUGUGAAUCUGAAGGUCUUCGGUGGCCUUCUCCGAAUGAUGAAAUUCAAUUCUGGAAAAGAGAGUUCCCAUCUUGGGACCUCAGCUCGGAUGCUCCUGCUGGAGUGGAACAGGAUUCUGAUCUUUUGCACAUUGUUCAUGUGACAGCUGAAAUGGCACCUAUAGCAAAAGUUGGGGGUCUAGGUGACGUUGUAACAGGACUUGGACGUGCCUGUUUAAUGCGCGGCCAUAAAGUUGAUGUUAUGCUUCCUUUCUAUGAAUGUAUUCCAAAGAAUUGCAUCAAUGAGCUAGCCUUGGUUAAAACUUACAACUCAUAUCAUGAUGGAAGCUGGGUCGCCUGUAAUGCAUAUCGAGGAGAAGUUUCAGGCGUUCCAGUGACACUUAUUGAACCAUCCAACCACUUCUUCAAGGGAACAAACAUAUAUGGAGGGUCAUACAAUGAGUUAGAGGCAUACUUGUUUUUCGGCCGUGCUUGCCUUGAAUUGAUGCAGGUAACUGGAACACAACCUGAUAUCAUUCAUGUACAUGAAUGGCAGACAGGUGCUUUACCUCUGUUCUACUGGGAUAUGUACCAUUUUCUCUCACUCCAGAAACCGAGAAUUGUAUUGACUAUUCACAACAUGGAGCAUUACGGAGAAUGCAGACAAGAGGAACUCAGUAAGUUUGGUCUUGAUGGAUCUUCCUAUGCAACUGAAGACAAGGCUGUAGAUGAUCGCACAGUUGGCCAUAAUCCAGAGAGGUUAAGUUUGUUGAAAGGUGGCAUAGUAUACAGCAACGCUGUAGUUACAGUUUCACCAACCUAUCUGAAGGAGACACUCUGCUCUGGAUGGCUUUCUAGUGCUUUGAUGAGAAACCGUGAUAAGUAUUCUGGCAUUUUAAAUGGGAUUGAUACUGAAAUGUGGAAUCCAGCAACGGAUGUUUAUUUGCCUGCUAAAUUUGAUGAAGCCAGCAAAACUGAAGGGAAGAGGAUAUGCAAACAAUUUGUUCAAAAGGGACUUGGUCUGCCUUUUGAAGACAUCAAACACGAUACUUGUGUGGCUGAUCAAGUUCCUUUGGUUAUCUGCAUUACUAGAUUGGUUGCUCAAAAGGGUCUCCAUCUCAUCACUCAUGCGAUCAAGCACAUUGAAGAGCUAGGUGGACAGAUGGUUGUUUUGGGGAGGGCUUCAGAUGGUCGAGUUGAGAGAGAAUUUGAAGGUUUAGCAGAAUUGCAUAACAAGGGCUCCAAUAUCCGUAUCCUUUUGAUGUACAGCGAGGAGCUGUCCCAUAUGCUCUAUGCUGCUGCAGACAUGGUGUUAGUGCCUUCAAUGUAUGAGCCAUGCGGGCUAGCACAGAUGAUUGGAAUGCGUUAUGGGGCUGUUCCCAUAGUUAGGAAGACCGGUGGUCUCGCAGACACGGUUUUCGACAUGGAUGAUCAAUCUCAUGCUGAGAUUGCUAACGGGUUUGUCUUUGAAGGAAUUGAUGAAGGAUCCUUAAACUGCGCUUUAGGACGUGCAUUUUCUUACUAUCGAGAAAAACCAAAUGAAUGGAAAGCUGUCGUGCAGAAAGAUAUGCGUAUUGACAAUAGCUGGAACAAUAGAGCAGGGAAAUACAUAGAUAUUUACAAUUCCGCAAGAGUGAGAUGAAAUAAUUUCUCAAGGCACAGAUCAAGAAAUAGAACACAGUUAAGUUUAUCUUUAAUGUAUUUUUUUUCUUUUUCUUUUGUAAUACAAGAUGAGUGCUGUAGUUCCCUCUGCUACCAGUAGAUCCAACUUAUGAUAAAGCAAUGAUUAACAAAUUCUCCUACUGUUUUGUAAAUGCUUCCCUCUUGAUUCCAAAUCACUAAUAUGGAUCAGAGAUGUUUGUCCA